AAAAAAUAUCUGUUCUUACAUAUAUUAAUACUUUCGAAAACCCGUACCAGUGGAUUGAUCGCUCGGGGACGGUUUGUCUAACCUUGAAAUAAUUAAUGAAUGCAAACGAUACGCGGCAAGUGACCUGCUAGGUGUAACAAAUUAAUUCGGUUUGGUGCGGACCGUUCGAAAGAAGUAUAAAUAAUGGGUAGGUUAAUCAGGCGUACCGCGCGUCUUUGCUUGCGGGCAAUUUGCUGCAGGAUGUUUGACAGUAACGUUGCAGACGAGCGUGUCUCUAUUGUGCUUCUGGUGUUAUCAGAGAAGGAAGAUUACUGGUGUAAACUAGUGUGGAUAGCGUUCCAACACGUGAUAAUGCAUCGAGCGGUGUUGUUGGAUGGUGAAAAAAUCUAUGCUGAAGUAGACAAAGUGUGGUUUGUUAGGCCACGAUGUAGGAAGAUACAGUGUCACUAGGGUGGAAUAUCAGUCAAUUGAAGAUGAUCAGCGUUGAUUGAGAUGCGCACCGUGGAUAAGAAUAGCAAAUCGGGCUAAUGUGCUAAGCAGAUCGUCUAACAUACGCGAUCCCGGUUCGCAAUGGGAUGACAGUUUGCUGGAAGUAUUCGUCGCCUGAGGAGCGCCAUGACGGAUUCGAAAGAAACGCGUGGACAUUGGGCAUCGAAAACGGAGUUCCUCCUAUCGUGCAUUGGCUAUGCGAUCGGGUUGGGCAAUGUGUGGCGAUUUCCGUACCUUUGCUAUCGGAACGGUGGUGGUGCAUUUCUGGUACCGUACCUACUAAUGCUUGUCCUGUGCGGUAUACCGCUGUUCUUUCUGGAAACGUGUCUCGGACAGUUUAGUGGAACCGGGUGUAUAACGGUGUUCAAAAUAGUCCCCCUGCUCAAGGGUGCCGGUAUUGCGAUCGUGGUGAUUAACUUCAUCUGCACUGCUUACUAUAAUGCAAUCAUAUCUUACCCAUUGCUGUUCCUUUGGCGAUCGUUACAAGCCCAUCUUCCGUGGGAAACGUGUGAUAAUGCCUGGAACACAGCACGAUGUCUGGAGCUGCGUGGUGAACAGCAGGUGGAACUAUUUCUCAACAAUAGUGAACUAGUGAUGGCGGAUCGCUAUCGUACACCGGCGGAUGAGUUUUUCCAUAACGAAAUUCUUCACAUUUCGGAUGGUAUCGAUCAUAUGGGAGGCAUUGUGUGGCCACUGUUAGUGUGCGAUGUAAUUGCCUGGAUAGUGAUAUUUUGCUGCAUUGCCAAAGGUGUCCAAUCGGUCGGUAAGGUAGUCUACUUUACCGCCACCUUUCCGUUUGUGAUCCUUGCGGUGCUGCUGGUGCGAGGUGUCACACUACCGGGUGCGAUGGAAGGCAUUAAGUUUUACAUUAUGCCACAGUGGAAACAGCUACUGAAUCUUCGUGUAUGGGCAGACGCGGCCAUACAAAUUUUCUUCUCGCUCGGCCCAGGUUGGGGUGGAAUAGUGAAUAUGGCGAGCUACAAUCACUUCAAGAACAACACCAAAAUGGACUCGAUCAUCAUACCGAUAGUGAACUGUGGGACAAGCAUUUUGGCUGGCUUUGUUGUUUUUUCUGUGUUGGGAUAUUUUUCACAUCAAACGGGUCUUCCGGUUGCAACGGCUGCUACUGGUGGUCCAGGAUUGGCUUUCAUCACUUACCCGGAAGCGAUCAGUAUGCUUCCGCUAUCGCCACUGUGGGCAUGCUUGUUUUUUAGCAUGUUAUUUUUUCUUGGAGUUGAUAGUAUGUUCGUUCAAAUCGAAGCGAUCGUUUCCUCGGUUCUCGAUGUAUUUCCCAUUUUGCGUUCAAUGAAGCUACUGAUAACGGCUGGAACAUGUUUUCUUCUAUUCCUGUCGUCGCUGGCCUGCGUUACACAGGGUGGCAUGUAUUUGGUACAACUGUUGGACUGGUACUCGGCAUCAAUUUCGGUGAUACUAGUUUGUAUUGUAGAGGUCAUUGCCGUUGGAUGGGUAUACGGUUGUGACAAGUUUGUUCGCGAUGUUGAGUUCAUGAUCGAUCGUAAGGUGGAACGAUUUUGGAUAAUAUCAUGGAAAUUCAUCACACCGAUCGUACUGACCUUUAUUUUCAUCACUACAAUCAUCUACAACACGGAGGUGUCUUACAAUGGAUUAUCGUAUCCUCGAUGGGCGAUAGUAGUAGGUUGGGCAAGUUGCCUGCUCUCCAUGCUGUGCAUUCCAGUGUUUGCCAUUUACAAGCUGAUUUACGCGAAAGGUUCUUUUAUAAAGCGCGUGAAAAGUCAACUAAAAGCGCAAGAUUGGGGUCCAGCUGAUGCAUAUCAACGUACAAUGUGGAGUGAUAAUGUUGAAUGCGUUCAGAAAGCUUCACGCAUUCAAGAGUACAGAAUUUAAUAAACGAUUUCUACGCAA